CGCGUACUCUUACCGCUUGGGGCAAAUGGUUGCGCAUCGCACCCCGGAUCAUCCGUGUUUGGUACGCUUAUUGGAGAUCACGUACAUCGGAGCGUUGGAUCUCAAAUUUUCAGGACUUCCAGCUUCGGCCGCGCGGAUUUUGUAUUCACGAUAUAGACCUAAAUUGUAGGAGCUGAAACUGAUUCUGACAUCACACAUCUGAACCAUGACCGACAAGCAAGAGAAGGGCAUCGUUGGGCGGGCGCGAGGGAUGUCGUUGUCACUUUUGAAUGCGACACCUCAGCUGGGCAUGUGGCAGGCCACAGGAACAGCAAUUGCCCAAGCACCCAACCUGACAGAAUUGCGCGAACCGGAAUCUGGAGGAUCAAACAUCGCGUUCGACGCGCAUGGACACUCGACUCGAAUCGCAAAGCCAGAUGACGAUGGAGAGCUCACUUUGGUAAAGACACAGACGAAGACCCUCAGCAGCUCUGUCAAAGAGGCCGUUGUGCCUGAAGAGGCAGAUGUCGAGCCCGGAAGACAGUCACAUAAGCACCAUGGCUUCCAUUGCAGGCAGUCUUUGAAAGAGAAGUACGCAUCUUCUCACAAAGAGCCCUGGGGUCCAACCAUCAAAAACGGCCUAAAGGCAUUCUGGAUCUUCUUUCUCACCCCUUCGGGCUUCCUGAUCACCAUAUAUGGCCUGAACAUCGUCGCCUGGGGCGCGAUGCUCUUCUUCCUCCUCCUCAACGCCGCACCUGCCAUGUGCCACCCCUCCUGCAAUGACGACUACAGCCCGCGCAAAAUCUGGCUAGAAAUCUGCUCCCAGAUCCUCAACGCUCUGUUCUGCGUCACCGGCUUCGGUCUCGCGCCCUGGCGCUUCCGCGACUUCUACUGGAUGAUUCGGAUCGUGCAUUUUCAUGACCAGAACGCCAUGCGCAGACUGUUUAAUCAGAAUAAAGCGUGGUUCCGACCGCCGGCAUGGUUUACGGAGAAUGAAUCUGGGAGAGGUGAUGGUGGGGAAGUGGAGAAACAGACAUUUACGGGGGAGAGGGCACCGCCGACUGCGAUGUGGAAGUUGGCGUUUACGGUAGAUAUGAUGGUGUUGAAUACGCUGUUGCAGGCGGUCCUGUGUUUCUUCAUGUGGCAUUAUAACAGGUUUGAUCGGCCGACGUGGGCUACUGGUACGUUUAUUGCGCUGGGGUGUGGAGUGGCUAUGUUUGCGGGGAUUAUGAGUUGGUGGGAGGGUAGGAAGGUAAAGAAGAUCGAGGGGCCGGAGAUUAAGGUUGAGCCUGUGGCUUGAAUACUAGCCUGAUGAGUCUUAAGAUAAUGACGAUGAUGGUG